GGGCCAUAGCCGAGCCGGGAAGGGUUUAAGAGAGCAGAGCACUGGAAACCUCACCGGCGGCGGCGGGGACGCGACCUUCCACCCUCACGGUUUGCCGUGCCUCGUCGUCGGCGACCUCACCGCAGGCGGCAGGACACAGCAGUCCGGGGGCUCCUUUUCCACCGAAGUCUUCUUUCGUCGAUAGGCUUUGCCACCGCUCCCGCUUCCGCGCCCUCUCCUGGUACUGGACUGGCGAGGGGUGAGAUCUUUCCGACCCUGAACUGACUGCGGCUUCUGUUGGUAUUUGUUCGUCCGGAGCGCAAGAUCAAUCUGCUUUGAAACCAUAAGGACUUGUUGCCCGAGUUGCAGGCGCAAUUUACAUUUCCGAGAAUUGUUUAGGGGUUCAGUUGAACCCCAAUGCCCUACAUGAAGUCUGCCCCUGGUGGCAAGAGGAAUUGGGGCAGCGGUGGGAGCGCCAGUGGAAGGAAGAGCGACAGUAGAGAAGAUGCCAAAGGGAAAGGUACUAGGCUUGCCGGUUGGAGCAAGAGGGACAAGGGAGAAGAACAGAAAGGGCGCCAAGGAAAUGCAGGACCAAGGAGGAAUCGGAGCGAGGGAGUACCACGAGGGGGUCUGAGGACGAAUGUCUCUGGGGUUGGCAAGAGGAAAAGGAAGGGCGAUGAUGACUCGUGGGAUGGCAAUGGCAAGAAUGGGCCAUCUUCUAAACCAAAGCUUACCAGAAAGAGCGCUUCCACCAUAUCACGUCAUAAGGUUUCUCCUGGAAAUGGUGAUAGAUUGAAGUCUCAAAGUUUGUAUGAGGAUGACAUGCGCUCAGGAAAAAGGAGUACCAGCAAGGUUUCCGACUUUAGUAGAGGUGUCAAUGGUUGUUCGGUGUUUCGUAAGAACGUCGGGGCAUCCAAAGGGAAGAAGUUUGAUGAAUCUACAGAAGUCAGACGUAAAAAGGUUGGUGCUAAAGAAGUUAGUUUGGAUGAGGAAGUUGCAGAUAGCAAGAAGUCAGAUGACUCAGGUCAUAUUACUGAAGAAGAGAAGCCUCGCCAUCGUCUUACUCGAGUGCUGGACCGGACUGGGAGGAAAAUAAAGCCUGCUAAGAAGGAUAUAGUUCCUGACUCUGAGGAUCCUACUCCUCCUAAGAAGAGAAAGCGAAUGAAACUAGAUCCUUACGACACUUCAAACAAGCGAAUUGAUGAUUCUCCUCCUAAAAAGGAUGUUUCCAAUGCAGAGAAGGUUCUGGUGAAGUGUGCACCUGAAGAGACUGAAAUGUCUAUAAAUGCUAAGUUCCGUGCUAUACAUCCAAGUUCCUCAAUUCUUUCAUAUGUGGAAGAUAAUCUACUAGGUCGUAGGCGUCUAAAUGAGAUAAAAAAUGCUGGCUACAACGUCAAGAUUUCUGCUCCCUUGGAUAAUGUUCCCUUCUCAACCAACACAGAACGUGACCACAUAGAAGAAAGUGUGUUCAGAAAUAAGUUGGAAUUCUUUGCCGCUGCAAAGAUCUCUUCAUCAUUCCCUCCUCCUACAAUUCCAGAGAUAGCAUUCGCAGGUGUAUCAAAUGUUGGGAAAUCUUCACUACUUAAUGCACUAACAAGACAGUGGGGUAUUGUGCGAACAUCAGAUAAGCCAGGACUUACUCAGAGUAUAAAUUUCUUUCGGCUUGCAUCAAAGUUAUGCCUUGUUGAUUUACCUGGAUAUGGUUUUGCUUAUGCAAAAGAUGAAGUUAAAGAGUCAUGGCAAGAGCUUGUGAAGGAGUAUGUUUCAACCAGGGUUGGCCUAGAAAGAGUGUGCCUGCUUGUGCACACUAAACGUGGAAUGAAACCAUUGGACUAUGAGCUUGUGGAUUUAAUGGAAAGACACAAGACACCAUACCAGAUUGUACUGACCAAGACUGAUUUAGUUUUCCCAAUAGACGUCGCUCGCCGUGCUAGGGAAAUUCAAGAGAGCCUAAAGAAGAAUAAGUCAGCAGUAAACCCAGUGAUGAUGGUGAGCUCUAAAACAGGAGCUGGCAUACGCAACCUGAGAGGUGUGCUUGGAAAACUAGCACGCUUCAUCAAACCAUAGCAAGGCUGACAGCAUUUUGGUCUCUGCUGACUGGGGAUUAAACAAACAUAGGGUUAAAGCGUUGAUGCGUUCCUAGUUUGGCUCGGAUUCAGAGUAAACAAUUUUCUCUUGGAACACAUCAUGCCAUGCAGAUAUCACAUUUUGUAAAUGUGAUUGCACUUGUCUCAUGAUACAUAGAGCUCCAGACAUUAGCUGUUCUUUCAAUUUGUACCACUGAACUCGAAUUCCAUGAAAUAAUUCAUUACAUACGGCACAAGCUUACCCUGGUGUUA